GAAAAAAAACAGAAGAUGCACGCGCAUGGUAGAUGGAUUAGAAUCAAAUGUCUGAAAUCUGAAGAAUCAUCCCUUUAUAAAGCAUCUCCCUUCUCUUCAAACUUCAAGGCGUGCUCUCUUUAUUCUCUUUUCUUCUUCCCCAAUUGGCUGUUUUUUCACAACUCAAGGCGUGCCAUUCCAAACCCAUCAAUCAUUCUUGUUUUCUUCAUUUUGUUCUUGUUUCAGACUACACAUCAAAAAGAAAACAAAAACACAAUCUUAGUACUUGUCUUUCUUGAAUUUCUUGCGUAUAGACAACAAAUGACAGGCGAAAAAUGCAGAUACCCGUCUUUUUCUUCCACUCUUCUUGAUCACAUCUAUAGUAGUAUUUCCGAAGGUGACACGAGGCAUGAAGAUUUGAAAUUCUACGGAGAAAAAAUGGCGAAGAAUCAAACUAAAGACGCGAAUGUAAAGAAAAAAGACGACGAAGAGGAAAUUAUGGCGUCUGUUCGUCGAGCUUGUUUGGUCGAUAAAUGGAUGGACCAUAAGGUUAAGGUUAUUAAGAAUACUAAAUCACGUCGUGAUCACGAUCUUGAUCAAGAUCGUGAUGCUCUGUUUUUCAGCUCGGCGUCCACCUCUUCGGACUCGAGUUUUGGUGGGUUUUCAUCUUCAGAUACGGAGUCAAUCUACUGUGGAAGAUCAAGAUCAAGAACCAGUUCGUACGCUCAGACGAGGCCUAAGCCUGUAAGGACAACAGUUUCAGCUCCUCGAUCAGGAAAAACAGAGUCUCUGUUUGAUGAUUAUCCUUACUAUAAUUCUGCUACAGAACAACACACUCCGAGGCUUGAAGAAAAUAUAAUCAAGUCCAAAUCGAGAGCGUUGAAGAUUUACGACAAUUUAAAGAAGGUGAAACAGCCGCUUUCACCAGGCGGUAAGCUGUCGAAUUUCAUCAAUUCUCUUUUUAAUAACUCAACAAAUUCAAAGAAAUCGAAAAAGUUCGACGAAGAGAUCAGAAAACCGCAAGCUUCGUCAACCUGUUCGUCAGCUUCAUCGUUUUCAAGGUCAUGCUUAAGCAAAAGUUCACCAUCCACACGAGAAAAAUCAAGAAACGGAGUCAAAAGAAGUGUUCGAUUUUACGAACAAGAAAAACCACCGGCUCUCAUGUCGGUUUCUUUGCCGACAGCAUGGCAAAUUGGGAAAUCUCCGGCGAGAAAAAUGGACGAUGAGCUAAGGUAUCAAGUAAUGGAGAGGAGCAGAAGAGUUGAAGAAGUGGCCAGAGAAAUCUUGAAAGACUAUCAUCAAAAUCAAAGGAAAUAUGACCAUAACAAUAAAAAUAAAAUUGAUGAUGAUGAUGUAAUAAUGAGAAAAAUUCGUCGUAAUUAUAAUGAUCGUUUCGAGAAUGAAGAAGAUGAAGACGAUGAUGCAUCGAGUUGUUCGAGUUCGGAUUUAUUCGAACUCGAUCAUCUUUCAGUAAUUGGUAAAGAAAGGUAUUGUCAAGAGCUCCCUGUGUAUGAAACUACUCAUUUUAGUACUAAUCGUGCCAUAGCUAAUGGCUUAAUUAUGUAAAUCUUACUUAAUGUUUAUAUAAAUUAAAAUUUUAGUUUGAA